AUGAGAACGACAAACAUCACUGUCUCCUCCCUCAUCAUCACUGACUCCUCCCUCAUCAUCACUGUCUCCUCCCUCAUCAUCACUGCCUCCUCCCUCAUCAUCACUGCCUCCUCCCUCAUCAUCACUGUCUCCUCCCUCAUGAUCACUGUCUCCUCCCUCAUCAUCACUGCCUCCUCCCUCAUCAUCACUGCCUCCUCCUCCCUCAUCACCACUGCCUCCUCCCUCAUCAUCGCUGUCUCCUCCCUCAUCAUCACUGUCUCCUCCCUCAUCAUCACUGCCUCCUCCCUCAUCAUCACUGCCUCCUCCUCCCUCAUCAUCACUGCCUCCUCCCUCAUCAUCACUGUCUCCUCCCUCAUCAUCACUGCCUCCUCCUCCCUCAUCAUCACUGCCUCCUCCCUCAUCAUCACUGCCUCCUCCUCCCUCAUCACCACUGCCUCCUCCCUCAUCAUCACUGUCUCCUCCCUCAUCAUCACUGCCUCCUCCCUCAUCAUCACUGCCUCCUCCUCCCUCAUCAUCACUGCCUCCUCCCUCAUCAUCACUGCUCCUCCUCCCUCAUCAUCACUGCCUCCUCCCUCAUCAUCACUGCCUCCUCCCUCAUCAUCACUGCCUCCUCCUCCCUCAUCAUCACUGCCUCCUCCCUCAUCAUCACUGCCUCCUCCCUCAUCAUCACUGCCUCCUCCUCCCUCAUCAUCACUGCCUCCUCCCUCAUCAUCACUGCCUCCUCCCUCAUCAUCACUGCCUCCUCCUCCCUCAUCAUCACUGCCUCCUCCCUCAUCAUCACUGCCUCCUCCCUCAUCAUCACUGCCUCCUCCCUCAUCAUCACUGCCUCCUCCCUCAUCAUCACUGCCUCCUCCCUCAUAA